AUGCAGCACUCUAGGCCAUUUGUGCAACCUAUAGAGAACCGCCUCAUUGCAAUUGAGAGGUUCAAGAAGUUGGGGGCUCCAUCAUUUUCUGGAUCGCCCAAUCCUAUGGAGGCAGAGGCCUGGUUAAGGAGGGUAGAGCAGAUAUUUUCUGUGAUGGAAGUAUCAGACGAGCAGCGAGUUUCACUUGCUAGUUUUAUGCUGGUGGAGGAGGCUGAAUAUUGGUGGAAGGCCACGCAACGCCUACUUACGGCAAGUGGCACCGGAGGAUUGACUUGGAACCAAUUCACUAAGGUUUUCAAUGACAAGUACUUUCCAGCUACCUAUCGGUAUGAAAAAGAGAGAGAGUUCCUUUGGCUAGAGCAAGGGGAUUUGACUGUAGCUCAAUAUGAAGCUAAGUUCAUUUCUUUAUCUUGUUUUGCCCCUUCGUUUGUGGAUGAUGAGGAGGUCAAAUGUCGUCGUUUUACAGAUGGGUUGGAUUUGGACAUCAAAUCUCGUAUCCGAGUAUUAGGAAUAACUAACUAUUCGACCUUGGUUGAUAAAGCCUUAACAGCUGAGAAAGAUGUCAUAGAAAUGAAGUUAGCGGAACAACAGAAGAAGUGCCACCUUAGUUCAUCCCAUCAUGAGAACACAUCUAAUAGACCGUCAAAGAGAGGUGGUCAUGGUUAUGGUUCAGUCAAGAGCUCUAGUGCAUAUCAAAAAAAUAGAGAGCAUCCCUCCCCAACCCAAAGUAUUUCUAAUCAGCGUCAUGGACAGUCUAGUGGGACAUCAUCUCAGUUUACUCGAACUGUUUGCAAGCAAUGUGGGCGGGCACAUAUAGGUGUUUGUCAUGCUCGUACAGACUUGUGUUUUCGUUGUGGCCAGAAGGGUCAUUUGGUGAAAGAUUGCACAGUUCCUAAAAUGACUAAUUUGGGAGAUACACGAGCUUGCUUCAAUUGCGGACACAUCCCACCCUAA